AUGCAGGUGGCUGCGCCCGAGUUUUCGAGUCUGCACGUUGGCAGCGGCCACUGGAACGCCGACGACCAGGCGCUGCUGGAUAUACUGCUCUUGGCCGAUCCACUCGAGACGCCGUCGCCUGCGCGGUCGGAAGUAACGGCAGCGUGGGGAAAAGGAGCGCGUGGGCAGGACGAUGCACUGAAGAGCAAACUGUCGGCCGUCGAGCGCCGCGUGCGGCAUCGGGAGGUCGUGAAGCGCGCGUACCACCGCAAUAAGGCUGCGCUCAAGGGCUUGCGCGACAAAGUAUCGGACCUCGAGCGGCAUUUGGAGACGCUGUCGCUGUCCAAGCAGAAGCCCGAGACGGUCGUUGCGGACCACGUGCAGCAUCGGCACUAUGCAGAGCUCAUUUCCGAGCAAGAGGAGCUGGUCAAGGAGACUGCAAAGCUGCAGCUGUUGCUCGACUGCCGGCACCAAUUUGCGGCGGAUCUCGAGGCAAUGGCUCACUGCGCGACGGCCAAUUCGCUCGACGAGUCGGACAUGUCGGACUCGGACACGGCAACGACGUCGUCGACUGCGUCGAUGGCUACACUGUCGCCGUCGUCGUCGCCUGUGCACUGUGGUAGUACCUCGAGCCGACCACUGACGACGGUCGCAAGCGGUUGUGGGGUGUCCCCCCUGAGUACGAAAUACAAGACCAAGCCGUCGUUCUACAGUGAGCCACGGCCGACCUUGGCGGGUCCGACGGUGACGAGCAAGGCGCCAUUGGCAGUGGCUCUACGGAAGCAGCUGGGCUACAAGCCACUGAGCGCUCGCGAGUCAACGGCACUGGUGAACGAGAGUCUACCGCUCCGUGCUGUCGUUCUCGUUGAGCGGCAAGGCGAUAAGCACGGGCAGUGCACAGAGGCCAAGUUCCACGGCCUCAUGACGCUGCGUAUCCUGCAGCGCGUGGACGAUGACACGAUCGUAGCGUUGCGCGAGACGCAGGGCGAAGACGGCGUGAAGCUCUAUCGAUGUGUGUAUUUAUUGUUCCGCGUACGCACUCGGAAGGGGUUUCUCAUUUGUGUGCAGUCGGUUGCACCCGAACGCCUCACCGACCCCUCGUUGGCUCGUGUCAGCCGAGAUGGCAAACUCGUGCAGUGGACCGAGCUAUCCGGUUGGUUUGUCUUCGAGCCUGCCAGUGAUUGUGGAGAAAACAGUGGCCCGUUCUUCCAGGAAGGCGCACGGGUCGAGUACGGCGGGUGCAUGGACAACGGCGACCACGAAUCGGUCGCGUCGCUUGCGAUGAACACGUUGUCCAUUGUGUUCAAGUGGGAAAGUAUGAUGGUCGGUCCGACCUUUACCCUGCCGUCGUCAAUGUCGUGGUGA